AUGCUCCAACUGAAGCCUGGGAUGCAUCAGCCCUUGGAGAAGAAGGGAUCUUCUGAGAGGAGAGUGAAUGAGCGGAAGACUCAGCCUAAGAAAGUUGGAUUCUCCUCUAUGUCCUACAGAGAGAAAUAUUCCUUGAUCCAGGAUCAGGCUCGAGAGUUGACCCACCUGCGGGAAAAGAUAAGGAUUGGGAGGGCUGUCUCUUCCCUUCUCAUCCAACAUGUUCAGAACACAGUGAAGAUCUUUGAAGAACUCCUCAGCAGUAGGAAGAUUGACUAUAACACGGAACAGCAUUUCCGUGAGCAGCUGGCCAAGGGCAGCCAGCUGGCAGAGAGCCUCGCCAGCAAGUUCAACACAGAUGACUGUGUAAAUAAGAAGAAUCAAAGAGAACAGGUGCUGCAGAGACUCAGUAUCUUAAGGGAGAGGCUGAAGAGGGAUAAGAAGACAGAAGUCCUGCAGACCCAACAGGAUGCCCAGCCGCAGACUUGGCCCCAGACCUGCUCCAGCAGCCAUGCCCAGUCCACCACCCGUUACUCCCCUAGCAGCACCUACCUGCUGCUCAAUGAACAGAAAGUGCGCCCUGCAGUGGACAUGGCCAGUGUCAGCCCAGCCACGCCUGCUGAUUCAGCUUCAUUGCCCAGCAACCACUCAGAAGCUGUAUCUGCUCAGCCCUUCUAUCCUUUGGGUGGCACCGCAGAGCAGAGUGGGACACCAGACGCUGGGCAUCAUGGCAGCAGUCACCCAUGCGAAGAGAUGAAGCCUCAGAAGAUGAAUGCAUCCGGGAACCUAUCCUCCUCCUCCUCCUCUUUGGACCGGCCCAGCUCCAAGCCCUCUGGGGCUGACCUGCUGGAAAAGAAUCUUAUUGAGAUCCAAAACCUGCGCCAGCGCCUGGAGGAAUCUGUAUUCAUCAAUGACCGUCUGCGGGAGAGGCUGGAAUACGUGCUCAGCAAUGCUGGCCAAGGAAAAGGUACUGCACAGUCAGCUUCAGAUGUGUCCCUCAUCACCCCUCAUUUAUACACUGAGAGUCACUCUUCUGGCUCUGGUAAGGACAUCUUGUGA